CUUUCCAGUGCAACGGUCACCGCCGAGCGGCCGCACGGCAUCGCAGCUAAACCCUUGUUCUCACUAAACCCUAAAAUUCUCGGGCCACGGCCGCCAGGCUCCUCGACCCGCGGAAGACUCGAGCAUGGCGGAGGAGCAAGGUGGGAGGGAGGCGCCACCCGCGGCAGACUCGAGCAUGGAGGAGGGAAGGGACCCGUCAGCGCAGGACCCGCCUCCCAAAUCCGCCGCCGCCUCCAGCUCCGGCCCCGGGCCCGGCGUCGGCGGGAAGGGCUCCCCGUGCGAGGAGUGCGGGGAGCAGCCCUGGAAGUACCGGUGCCCGGGGUGCUCCCGCCUCACCUGCAGCCUCCCCUGCGUCCAGUCCCACAAGCGCCGCACCGCCUGCUCCGGCAAGCGCCCCCGCACCGACCCCGUCCCGCUCUCCCAGUUCGACGACGACCGCCUCCUCUCCGAUUACAACCUGCUGGAGGAGACGAGCCAGGUGAGGGAGUCGGCCCACAGGCUGAUCAGUGGCUUCGGCCGCAACUACGGAGGCGGCGGGGGAGCCCAGCUGCCCACGUGGCUCUUCUUCCUCCGCAAGGCGGCGCAGCGCAGGGGCGUCCGGCUCUUCUUCCAACCCAGAGGCAUGACCCGGAGAGAGCAGAACCGUUCGCGCCACUACCAGAGAAAGGACUGCAUAUACUGGACACUUGAGUGGAGGUUUAAUUCAACAGAUGUUGUCGUAACUGACCAUGAGAUAGAUGAGCAUGCAAGCUUGCUAUCGUUAUUGGAAAAACAUCUGAGUCCUACUCCUUGCAAGGACCAGCUUACACCAUAUCGCAAUGCCGAAUUGCGUGAUUUGAAACUGUUCAUUCAGAAGUCUGCCAAGGAUUCAAAGUCACCAUACCGUCAACUCAAUAUAGAAGAACCCUUGCACUCCCAACUGAGGGGCAUUCUUGUUGUCGAGUACCCAACCAUUAACGUCUUUCUUCCAUCAGAUAGUUAUGACUUUAAAGUUGAGAAGUUUGUAAACAAGAUUAGUAGAAAUGAACAUCCCCCUGGCAACACAAAUGAUAGCCCUCCUCUAGAAGGCACUGAGUUUCAUGAGGAAGAAAUAGAGGAAGGCGAGUUGACAUCAGAGACACAGGUUAUAGAUCUCAAGGAUUGUGGAACUUCACAUAACUCUAGUCUUUCUUCAGUGAAGGUUACAAGUGAACCUAAGAUAGAUAGCAAGGCAGAUUCUUCAGUGCUGUCAUAUAUCCGCCGUCUGGCACUUAAUCAACCUAGCAAGAUUGCACCCAAUACAAUUUCUGGGGCUCCCAAGACUAAAUCUUGCACGAAAGUCUAUCUGCUGGACUCGGAGGAAAGAGCUGAUGGUGCAUCAAGCUUAGAAAGUCCGGCCACAGAACUCAAGGACCAUGUGACUUCACACCUUGGCAAUAUUGCUCCAGCAAAAGGUACGAUUAUACCUAGCACAGAUUGCGGGACAGAUUCUUCAGUCCCGGGUGAUGCUCAGGAAGAAUAUGGUUGGCAAAGCAAGCUGACACCAAAUGCGACACCUGAAGCUCAAAAGCGGAAAUCCAACAUGAAAGUUCAUCCAGUGGACACUGAGGAAACCCAGGGGCUAGCCUCAGAGGUGUCCAACCUGGAGUUUGAUCUGGAUAUGAAAGAUUCUUUCGAAGAUCUGUUUGGGGACUUCAAUCCUGAUGAUUUCCUGAACUUUGAUCCUGAAAUAAUGGAUGAAGAUGAAUCUGGAGAAAUAAGGUCCCUUUUUAAUAUCUGGGACGAUUUAGAGGAAGGGGAAAUUCCUUCACCAUUGUUGUGAAGAACCUGGUACUCAGAUUCUAUGCAAGGGAGAUUAUUCCUUCACCAUUGUGGUGGAGAACCUGGUACUCGGAAUCUAUGCAAGACUGGAAUUUAUUCAAGACUUGCAAUGAUACUGCCGACUGGAAAAGUCCAUCUCCCUCAUCAAACACUCCUAUACAUUUGUUUUGCCAGGAGUAUUUCUGGAGCACUCCUGUGUACCGCUAUCUGCCUAGCGCCUCUUGAGAGUUCUUCAGGUGCUAUUUCUCUUAAUUCUUUUUUUUUCUUUUGUCCCGUUAGUUCUUGGAGCAGCAUGGACUGUCAUUCAAGUUGUUUAGCUUGUCCGGUCCUAAGCUGCAGAAAUUUUGGGGUUGUGACUUUGGCAAGGCCUGCCUGUAGUUGCUACUACCUAGCAACCAUGAACUGAAUGAAGCCAGUGGGCAAUACCAUCAGAGUUGUAUGUAAAAUGGUGUUCUGCAGAUGUUGUGAUCGCAGUACACAUCGACUUGUUGCUGAUCAGUGCCCCUGGUUGUGCUUUUAUCUGUGAUCAUUUUCGCUGGCUU